AUGCUUGAUUCUUCCUUGCUUUGGAAUAUCGGAGUCAUUAUCAAACUCCUUGAUUUCUUUCCUUUCGUCUCGGAAGCCUGGCUCCCCCGACGAACCCAGACCGUAUUCUCCAAGCAUCAGAAUCUAGUCACAAUCCUUCAACCCGGUCAUUCCCAGCCGUAUCUUGCAGCUCUGUGGUUCAAGCCCGGCUGUGCCUCCAACUACCAAACUCAGCCAUACCUUCCAGCCACGUUUGAGGUAAGCCCGACCGCCUUCUUGUUUCUAGCCACACUUCGAACAGGCCACUCCUCCAGCUAUAAAACCGGGCAACAAUCUUCAGCCAAGCUUGAACAAAGCCCUGCCAAAUUCAAGUCUCAUAUCCCUUUUGAGCUUCCAGCCACGGCCCCCUUGACAGGAUCCGUCCCGAAUUCCUCGAAACCAGGGACAAAUCCUGUGGAAUUCCCGACAUCACACCGAUGA